ACAUUUUUAGAACAAAUAGAUACAUUUGAACAAACAUAUCAAUCAUCAGAUGCUAUUCGUUGGUAUACAAAAGACUGUUUUUUAUAUCGAUUUGUUAAUAAAGCAUUAAGAACAGAAGAUAUUGAAACAUUAUUUCGUUUAAGAUAUUUUAUUAAAGACCUUUGUAAAAACUUAAAAUCCUUAUUUGAUGAAAAUUUUCAAAUAUAUCAAGAGUCACUUGAUUCAAUAAUAGUUUAUCGUGGUUUGACAUUACCAAUGACAGUUAUUGAUCAAUUGAAACAAUCUAUUGAUUUAAAUAAUAUAAUUUAUGGUUAUAUAUCAAAGACGAGUUUUAAUGCUUCGGAAGAUGAAGUUUUAUUCGAUCUUGGUGCUGUCUUUCAAAUAACAGAUGUUCAAUAUACAAAUAAUAAAUAUAUUAUAUCAAUGAUUGGUAUUAAUAAUAAUAUUGAUUAUUUGAAAAGUGAUUAUUUUCAAAUUGAACGAGAAUAUUUACAAGAAAAUUUAAUCGAUAAUAUUCUUUCAAAUAUAAAUGCACAUUCACUUUUUGGCAAAUUUUUAUCAAAUAUCGGUUCACAUAAAAAAGCAAUUGAUUAUUUUGAAGAAUUAUAUAAAAAUUGUCUUGCAAAUAAUAAUAAUAGAUUAUUAAGAAAAUAUGAAAUUUAUAUAAUAACUGGUAAUCUUGCUGAUGCAUAUGCAGAUAAUGGACAAGAUGAUUUGGCAUUAAAAUAUGCUUU